AUGCAUACAGCUGUGGAGGACUACGGAGUGGCAGAGUACGGCUACAUUGAAGGAGAGGUGGGGAUGGGAGACGAGGUGGUGGUGAUUGUGAGGAGGAGCCAGACACACCCUCACCAGCCUGCCCACGACAUCAAGGAAUUCUCAACAGGAGAUUUGAGCAGUGACGCCAGCAAAGUCUACCUCUAUAAUGCCGUUUGGAACAACAACACUAAUCUCCCAGUCUUUACCAGAGUCCUGAAUGCCUUCCUCCUAGUGAGUGGGAUGGCAGCCAUAUCUCAGUCGCUGCUAGACGAGGACAAAUUGAGGGUGGCUAUGACUGGUGGGGUCCUGGAGGAAAGAGACUAG